AUGAAAGUCGCAGGUUCAAUUCUCGCAUUACUGCGCAACAGACUACCAACUGCACCUCUACAUCCAGUGACUGCAGCGGAGCUUCUGUGUGAGCUUCAUCCAUCUGAAGAUCGAGUUGUGUCCGCCCAUCUUGUGGGAUGUGUGGAAGGGAAUGGUGUUUUGCUAUCGCUUCCCGUCCUACUCGGCCUCAUUCGACGCGGUUACUCCGACUCCUUAAAAUCGUUUGGUAGUUCUGCACUUAGUCAAUGGGGACCAAUGGAAGAAACAAUUUUUACUGCACUGUGGGUGCAGCUGCGAAGCCAGCGGGAAAGUUUAGUUGAAGUUGGAAGUGGUCCGGAUGCCACAGACGGGAUCGGUGAGAGUGAAGCCCAAGUGUCAGCACCGGAGAGACUCCACGCAGAUUCCUGUCUCCUUAUUGAGAGGAUGAUGCUUUUGAUGAUUAGCCUGGGAAAAUUUGUGCUUCACUCAACACUCACGCUGAAGGGUGUUCGCCUUCAGCUCUUAGCUGAAGCACUGUCACCACUAUGCGAUGCUGUCGAAUCAGCAUGGUGUCGCAUGGCAGAAGCCAGGAAUGCUGGUGAAAUCCCUUCUGAAAGAUUGCUGGACAUCAGUAAGUUGGUGGCAAGGUGUGUUCAUAUAUACGGAAAGUAUUUUGCGGCGUAUCAUCACAUAUUUUGUGCAAUUUUAUUUACUGGUGUUGAAGCAUCCCGAAAACUACUCGAGGCGCAGCUACCCUUGACCGAUCGCGAAACACUCGCACGCGUACGUUCAGCUCGUGAUGUGCUACUGGAGGUCAAGCCGCUGUUGACGGGACUGUUGGUUCGUGCUUCCUCUCGAGAAACUCAGAGGUACGUUACGGAAGUUGAGGAGUGGUUGGAAAUGAUUGUCAGUCUCGUUGAAACGCCUGUCCUGAAGGCCGUUGGCCUGCAACUGAGAAGUCAUAUCUGUAGUUUGGGCUCCUCUGGCAAUGUAGAUAACAGUGAAAUUCUCGGCGCGGAGUUGAGAAAUUGUUACAUUGUGAUGAUGCACACAGCAGCGGUUUUGCUCGCAAUGCGCUUUCACCGCAACCGAUUUUUUGAGGAAUGCAACUUCUGUGUGCGUGCGAAUAAUUUGAUUGCUCAGGGCCUGAAAACGAUAUGGUGGAUGCUAGACACCAUUACCAUGUCCAUGGGGUCGCCAAAUAAGGCUGUAGAGCUGCAGGAUCUCCACUCCGAAGACAGCGUAACGUGGUGUGAGUGGGGAAACUGUUGCGAGGUAGCGGAAGUUGUUCGUAGGUUUUUCCCCCUUUAUAGCGAUGACGCUCGUGUGUCUAAGAUGGCCUUGACAAACCCUUAUUUCUGCGUGUCUCACCACCCUCCGGUAAGUGAAAUAACUAGCGUUCUUCUGCGCAUACUUCGUGCGGCGUGUCAUCGUCUCGCUAGGUCUGUUGCUGGUGAUGGUGAUUUGCAGUGCUCUACUGUUCCUUUCGUCGUUUUUCUUCAGAUUGUACGGGCUGCACUCAGUUGGGGAGAUGCAUGUCAUGAAGAUGGGGGACUCUCCCCGAGUUUUGUAUGGUCGACCAUCCGUGCAACUUUACCCCGUCAGCUUCAUGCAUCCUCACCGCCACUUUGGACUGUGUUGGUGUUACUGGAAGAUCUUGGCGCCUCCGCAUAUUUCUGUGCAUAUCAUUGCCGGGUGAAGUUGAGCAUUGAAGACAGGACUGUAAUUGAUGCAAUGAAGGAAAUGUGUGACAACUGCUUGGCGUAUCUGAACAAGCGUUACUUAUGCGAUGAUGACCUAGCUGAUGCUGAUGUUAUUUGUCGUGUUCUCCAUACCCUCGCCGCACUGAAAACGAGGGAAAGAGACCAGUCCACGCUCUUUGGAGGAGACCUUUUUUCUAGACAUUCCACCCUAAUGAAUCAUUUAAGGAAGCAGCUUGUGCCACUGGACCAAGGUGUGCUGCGUCGCUCGGGUGGUUCAUCCACGAGCUCAAGCCGUACGGGAAUAAACAAUCUGGCAGGUGAUCCUCAAGGUGGGGACUUUCAUGGAGGUGCUUACUGGUUCAUCUGUAGUGCGUGCGAAACGAAUAUUCUUUGGCAGAAAGGUACCGCGUCAAUUAGCUCCCCGAGCAGUUGCCACUGCUGGAUGCGACGCAAUGACCCAGUUGAGGCUGUGGUAGCGUGCAUAGAGCUGUUUCUUCCAUUACUUGGACAGGAAGAUAGGGUUGGAGACCACGAGCAUUUUAUGGAGGAUGCUUAUCCUACUUUACGGUCUGUGUACAAUGCUGCCAUCCUUAGUUAUUGCACCACGACUCCUUUGUGCGGUAGCUUGGGAUCCGAUGAACUUUUUUCUUCAGAUUGUGCCCUCCCAUCAAAAUAUGGGACCGGUAGUGAACGCCAACCCCUGGCGCCUACAGCAUUCCUCGUGGAGUGUCACCAGUAUCUUCUGUUGCUUUACCCAACUGCAAUGCAGCCGCAGCAUGCGUAUCGGAUAUUGAGGGUUAUGCUAACUACCUCACCACUUCUUUUUGCCCACACACCGCAAUUGGCGCGCUUCCUUUUCCGUUGCCUUAUUCCAGUGGAAAGGGGCAGAAGUACAAGCGCCCACGACUUCAUUGAGAGUUGCGAUCCCCAAGAGUUGUGGCAGGUUCUUUUGUGUGCCUGUGCCACUCAGGUUGCGUGCGCUGGGUGUAAAACCUCGUCAAAUAAUGUUCGUCGCGAUGAGGGAGGCAAAGUGCCGAUCAUACCCUCAAGCAUUUGGAGUGAAGAUGCUGAAAUUGUUUUUGGUGUUUUGUACGACGUUGGCAACAGUGAUGUGGGAGAUAACGACACGUUUCUUACCAUACGAGGGCAUGUGGUUCGUAGGGCGAUGGAGAUUCUACAUGCACAGGGUCUUUAA